UCUACCUUUGGGUUGCUGACAACAGACCGCACGUUUCACCUCGGGCCCAUUUCCGUGGACACUGACACGACACCGACAUCUGGAAACACCCUGCUGCACUCGAAAGAUGCGUUGUACUUUUUACAAGAGAGGGGUAAUGACAUGGAAAGCAGCGUGUCUCUUGCUUCCCUAACGGAGGAGCUGAAGACGAUCACGUCCGUCUUGGAGACUUGGGCAAAACUGGACUCCUUCCUCUCCAACUCGUCUGUGCCCACGGCCGGUCUGGUUGGAUUCUUGUCGGAUGCAUCGGGUGAUGGAACUUGGAACGACGCGUACCAUUGCGUGAAUGCAACUGUGACGAAUGCAAAGAAGGUCGAAAAUGGCUUUAAGUUCACGGGGUCCGAAUCAUACGCCAUGUGGCCUGUGAACAUGUGGGACUACGGCUAUGUGCACAGCUUUGUGAAUUACGCGUUCACGCUUGUGGCGACAGUGACGAUCGAUGAGGUACCGAAAGAGAGCGCUCCUCUGCUGGGUGCGGGCCUGAAUGACAAUGAAAACACAAAGUUUGUGGGGCUGUCGUGCACGGCGGAGAAACAGUGGGGGACGGUCUUCAACGGUAUGACAACAAUAACACACGGCGGCGCUUGGGAGCCGGGGAAGGAGUACAAAGUGGCGCUCAUGCUGCAGGACAACAAGGGCUCCGUGUACGUGGAUGGCAAGCUCGUGGGUAAUUCCGACACGCUAACAACUCCCGAGGCACGGAAUUACGAGAUCUUAUACUUUUACUUUGGCGGUGGCGAAAACAGCAAUGUGAUAGUAAGGAACGUCUUUUUGUACAACCGUCCAUUGAAUGAACAGGAACUCAAAAAGGUUGACGACUCCGAUGCGCCUGAGCAACGUGCAGGUGGCAGCUCCACGCAUAAGGAUGGGCCUGUUCCGGAGACGCAGCACAAAGCCAGCAGCCCCGCCGUCUGGCCUACUGACGGGAGCGCUGCAUACAAUGAAACUGCCGGCGCGUCUCCGCGGGCCCCGGGGACACAACCAGCUGCAGGUAAGGGUUUGUCGCUGAAUGGAGGAGGUGGUGACAGCGCUGGGUACGAUGGGAGUGUGUCUCGGGUGAUGCUGCUGGUUGUUCUGGGGCUUUGCAGCGCAGCAGCCGUCUUCUGA